GGCUAGGCGCCAAGCCCAGGUUGGUUGUCCACGUCAGUAUCGCGAUCAGCAGGGUUUGUCAGCAGAUCCAGUCUUACAGAAGAUAAAACUUUAUCUGUCAGCAUGUUUUCCAAUACACUUAUCGUUGCUGUAGCUCUCAUUGCUAUUUCUGCUUACUAUUCUAUGAAAAACCUCAACCAAAUUGGCUUAUCUGCAUCUGUCGAGUCACAAAUCGCAUUUUCUUGGGGAAAUGUCAUUGCUGCUGGAUUUUCAUUGCAACGUGUGCAAGGACUUCGAAACAUGUCAAGAAUCGCAGUCGGAGUCAAUGUAAACUCGGACUUGAUAGUCUCGGGAACUGCUGUUUUGAAGAAACUCGGAAUAGACCCUUCAGGCCAAGCCAUUGACAAUUCUAUCAUAGGAUCAGUAAACGAACUGGAGCAAACUUUCUCAUAUUCUCUGAAAAAUGGUGCUGCCAUUGAGAGAAUAUUUUCCACGAGUGGAGACUUUGAGAAGGUAGUCCGGGCUGCAGAUAGCUUGGAUGAAAAGCAGUACUUUGUCGGCGGGAAUGCUGCAUUGGCAGGACUCACAAUGGCUGAUACAUGGAGAGACCUGGAGGUGCUGCUUAUUGGCCCUUGUGGUCCUCGGGUAAGAGCUCUCCUCCCGUCAAAUGUCAUCGUCCCGAAGCCAAGUUACAAGGAAACGGAUGAAGUGCAUCUCAUCAUGGAAUUCAAACGUAACGAGAGAUGGGGUGUUCACCAGUCCAAAGUUGCAACACGAUUCAUCACAUCCUACGAUGUCUCCAAUACGGAAAUGACUGCCCUCUCAGAGUUUGCUCGGAGUGUAAAUGACUUCUCACCAGAUGCUGUAUUCUUCUCUGGUCUUCAUCUGUUGGAUGGCCAACCAGGAGAGAAGAAGAGAGAAAAGAUGGCUGCCCUAAAUCAAGAAUUGUCUCGUCUACCAUCAGACCUUCCUGUUCAUCUAGAACUAGCCAGCAUGGCUGAUCCGGAGUUAAUCAAAGGCAUAUACACACAGGUUCUGUCAUCAGUUCACUCCCUUGGCCUAAACGAGCAGGAACUGAGCUUCAUGUCGUCAGUCAACUCUGGCCCUCACCCCGAGGUCUACAUCAGGGAUGGCUACCCGGAGGUAGGUGCCGUUGCCGAUAUCCUCCACUGGAUCCUGUCCUCAACGCAACAGGGUACCUGGCUCACCAAGGCUGAACAACCCCUUGCCGGAUGGUCCUCCAAACUCACCAGGGUACACUUCCACAGUCUUGCCUUUCACAUCGUGGCCACGAUCAACAACACUUGGGUCAACAACGCAGCAGCCGUGUCAGCGGGUGCCAGGCACGCGGGACGGCAGGCUUGCGACGACGGCAAGAUCGUGGAUGAGAAAGUGGAACUACGCAUCCCGAAGGAAUUCGCUCUGUCCAUCAACUAUGCUCCUCUCAGACACAGGGUGGUCAGUAUAGAUCCUCAAGACCCGGUUAUAGCAUGGACCAGAGAUAACAUUCAAUUUCACUUUACACCAGUUUUAGUUUGUAAAAAUCCUGUGAAGACCGUUGGACUUGGGGAUGCUAUUUCAUCAACAGGGUUCUUGUAUUCUCGCAUGGUCUCGGCAAGUUGAUGAAUGUAGAUGUUAGGUAGUACUGCUUUAGAGGAACCAUCUAUCUUUUAAAAGAAUACUGAAAAAUUUGACUUGA